AGUCAUUGGGCCAUUGUGUGAAUCUCCUUUUGGCUUCUCUGCAGACUGAAUAAGCGUCUCAGGAUCUUCGUCAUGACUCCUAAAUCUGGGCCUGUCAGUUCGCCCCAGCGUUUCUCGUCUCUAGGCACGGCAUGGGGCUUACAGAGUUCAACCAAUCAUAUAACGUCGAGAUCAGGUUGCCAGGCAGAUUAUGCUAAUAAGACCCCGCCUUUUAUGCUGCUCCCACUCUGCGGCGGGAAGAACCACCUGGAGGUGGCGGGGGGGUUUGAUUUCUAUCACCCCUAGGGAGAGAGGAUCGGGGACCCGCUGAUCUUCCAGCUCCCCUCACCCAACGUCGUGCACGCUGCAGACGGACUUUUCUGUCCUUCAUGAACACACGUGUGGUAGACACAUGACUGUUCUGUACCCUGUGCUGCUCUAGGUGUGCUAGACGUGGAGCUGUCCAGUUGGGAGAAGAUGGAUUCCAAAGAUGAAACCUCGCAUGUGUGGCCGACAUCUGCAGAGCAUGAACAGAAUGCUGCACAGGUGCACUUUGUUCCAGACACUGGAACAGUGGCUCAGAUCGUCUAUACCGAUGACCAGGUUCGCCCACCCCAGCAGGUGGUGUACACGGCAGAUGGUGCCUCCUACACAUCAGUGGAUGGUCCAGAGCACACGCUGGUGUACAUCCACCCGGUGGAAGCCGCACAGACUCUGUUUACAGACCCCGGCCAGGUAGCUUAUGUCCAACAGGAUGCUACAGCUCAGCAGGCCUCAUUGCCAGUUCAUAACCAGGUGCUGCCUUCCAUCGAGAGUGUGGAUGGGUCCGACCCUUUGGCAACUCUGCAGACCCCUCUAGGCAGACUGGAGGCCAAAGAGGAAGAGGAUGAGGAUGAGGACGAGGACACUGAGGAAGAUGAGGAAGAAGACGGCGAGGACACAGAUCUGGAUGACUGGGAGCCAGACCCGCCCCGGCCUUUUGACCCACACGACUUAUGGUGUGAGGAAUGCAAUAACGCGCAUUCUUCAGUGUGCCCAAAGCACGGCCCCUUGCACCCGAUCCCCAACCGGCCGGUGCUCACCCGGGCAAGGGCGAGCCUGCCCCUGGUGCUCUACAUAGACAGGUUUCUGGGCGGGGUGUUCUCCAAGCGGCGCAUCCCCAAGCGCACCCAGUUUGGCCCCGUGGAGGGGCCUCUCGUCAGGGGCUCGGAGCUGAAAGACUGUUAUAUUCACCUCAAGGUUUCUCUUGAUAAAGGGGACAGAAAAGACAGGGAUUUACAUGAAGACCUGUGGUUUGAGUUGUCUGAUGAGACGCUUUGUAACUGGAUGAUGUUUGUACGGCCAGCCCAGAAUCACCUGGAACAGAACCUGGUGGCUUACCAGUAUGGCCACCAUGUGUAUUAUACAACCAUAAAAAACGUGGAGCCCAAGCAGGAACUGAAGGUGUGGUAUGCCGCAUCCUAUGCUGAGUUCGUGAACCAGAAAAUUCAUGACAUUUCUGAGGAAGAAAGGAAAGUUCUUCGAGAGCAAGAGAAGAAUUGGCCCUGCUAUGAAUGUAACCGCCGGUUUAUAAGCUCGGAGCAGUUGCAGCAGCAUCUUAAUUCUCAUGAUGAGAAGCUAGAUGUGUUUAGCAGAACAAGAGGCAGAGGAAGGGGACGAGGCAAGAGGCGAUUCGGUCCAGGUCGACGGCCAGGGCGUCCUCCAAAAUUUAUCCGCCUGGAAAUCACCAGCGAAAAUGGGGAAAAGAGUGACGAUGGGACACAGGACUUGCUACAUUUUCCCACAAAGGAGCAAUUUGAUGAGGCUGAACCAGCCACUCUGAAUGGGCUGGAUCAACCAGAACAGACCACUAUCCCAAUCCCUCAGCUGCCACAAGAAACCCAGUCUUCCCUGGAACAUGAACCAGAAACUCACACCCUGCAUCUGCAGCCGCAGCAUGAAGAGAGCGUGGUGCCCACCCAGAGCACGCUGACAGCCGACGACAUGCGCAGAGCCAAGCGCAUCCGAUUGGAGCUGCAGAAUGCAGCUCUUCAGCAUCUGUUUAUUCGGAAGUCCUUCCGGCCUUUUAAAUGCUUGCAGUGUGGGAAGGCCUUCCGGGAAAAGGACAAACUGGACCAGCACUUACGCUUCCAUGGGCGGGAGGGGAACUGCCCACUGACCUGUGAUCUCUGUAACAAGGGCUUCAUCAGCAGCGCAUCCUUGGAGAGCCACAUGAAGCUCCACUCAGACCAGAAGACUUACUCUUGCAUUUUUUGCCCAGAAUCCUUUGACCGCCUUGAUUUGUUGAAAGAUCAUGUGGCCAUUCAUAUCAAUGAUGGCUACUUCACCUGCCCAACUUGUAAGAAACGGUUCCCAGAUUUUAUCCAGGUGAAAAAACACGUGCGCAGCUUCCACUCAGAAAAGAUCUACCAGUGCACAGAGUGUGACAAGGCCUUCUGUCGCCCCGAUAAACUGCGACUCCACAUGCUCCGGCAUUCGGACCGCAAAGACUUCCUGUGUUCCACCUGUGGGAAGCAAUUUAAGCGAAAAGACAAACUACGGGAACACAUGCAGAGGAUGCAUAAUCCUGAGAGGGAGGCCAAGAAAGCCGACCGCAUCAGCCGCUCCAAGACGUUCAAGCCCCGCAUCACGUCCACAGACUACGACAGCUUCACGUUCAAGUGCCGCCUGUGCAUGAUGGGUUUCCGGCGGCGCGGCAUGCUGGUAAAUCACUUAUCAAAGAGACACCCAGACAUGAAGAUAGAAGAGGUGCCAGAGUUAACUCUACCCAUCAUAAAACCCAAUCGUGAUUACUUUUGUCAGUAUUGCGAUAAGGUUUAUAAGAGUGCCAGCAAGCGCAAAGCCCACAUUCUGAAGAACCACCCGGGAGCAGAGCUCCCACCGAGUAUUCGGAAGCUCCGGCCCGCUGGCCCCGGAGAGCCGGACCCCAUGCUGAGCACACACACCCAGCUGACGGGCACCAUCGCCACCCCUCCCGUCUGCUGUCCCCACUGCUCCAAGCAGUACAGCAGCAAGACCAAGAUGGUCCAGCACAUUCGAAAGAAGCAUCCAGAGUUCGCCCAGCUCUCCAACACCAUACACACACCACUGACGACAGCUGUGAUCAGUGCCACCCCAGCAGUUUUGACUACGGACAGCGCCACUGGAGAGACUGUGGUGACAACGGACCUGCUCACCCAAGCAAUGACAGAACUGUCCCAGACCUUAACGACAGACUACCGAACGCCACAAGGGGAUUACCAGAGAAUUCAGUACAUCCCUGUGUCGCAGUCGGCAUCUGGCCUCCAGCAGCCUCAGCACAUACAGCUUCAAGUGGUGCAAGUGGCCCCGGCCACUUCCCCUCACCAGUCACAGCAGUCCACUGUGGAUGUUGGCCAGCUCCACGAUCCUCAGCCCUACCCCCAGCACGCCAUCCAGGUGCAGCACAUCCAGGUCAGCGAGCCUACCGCCUCGGCCCCGUCCUCCACCCAGGUAUCUGGGCAGCCUUUGAGUCCCUCAGCCCAGCAGCCUCAGCAGGGGCUCAGCCCCUCCCACAUCCAGGGCAGUUCUUCCACACAGGGGCAGGCUCUGCAGCAGCAGCAGCAGCAGAAUUCCUCUGUGCAGCACACGUACCUGCCCAGUGCUUGGAAUUCCUUCCGUGGCUAUUCAUCUGAGAUUCAAAUGAUGACGCUUCCCCCGGGUCAGUUUGUGAUUACAGACAGUGGUGUGGCAACUCCUGUUACUACUGGCCAGGUGAAGGCGGUUACUUCGAGUCAUUAUGUGUUAUCAGAAAGUCAACCAGAAUUGGAAGAAAAGCAAAAUUCUGCCCUCUCUGGUGGAGUCCAGGUCCAGCCAUCUGCACACAGUGACUCCUUGGACCCCCAGACCACCAGCCAACAGCAGACCACACAGUACAUCAUCACCACCACCACCAAUGGGAACGGAAGCAGCGAAGUGCACAUCACCAAACCAUGACUUCCACCCUGGAGCUCAAAGCCAGCACCCACCUCAUGUCUGUUCUCAUAAGUCUGAAAGCUCUGACACUUAGAGCUCUUUUGUAAGAUUUAUUAUUCACUCAAGAGUUUGGAAACCACAGUUUUGUCUCUCAUCCAUACACUGGGGUUUAUUUUGCCAAGGUCAUCUUUAUCAAACUGACUCUUCAAACCCUAGGUUUUUGCCAUGGAACAGAGAUCUUUGAGGGGAAAGUAGAUUUUGAGAUGGCGAGAAUUUGCCUUGCUCUUGAGUUGGUCUUUUAACAUACUGACGAGCCUUACUUUUCCUUUGUGGAAAUAUUAAGUGGCGUAUUGUGUUCAUACCAAAGGUGGAGACAGGAUGUGCCAAGUCCAUGGUUACUGGGCUUCUUAUUCCAAGCCAUGGCACUGAAGGAGAAGGGGCAUUUUGUGGGUGUGUAUUAGCUCUGAACUGUUUUAUCUUGUUAUAGUUUUCAGUAAUUUAACAAAGGGAGCCUGCUGAAUAACAAAAUUAAAAUGAUGAAACAAAAGUUUGACAGUGAUGUUCUGAAGCAAAAACUGUCAUCUAAAUUUUUCUUGCUGAUUUUUUUUAACUUCCCUAUUUUAGAAAACGAUUGUUGGGCUGUUGGUAGUGUUUUCCACAGAUGCUGGUCCUCAGUGGAUUAGGUCAGAAGCUCAUGUUCUGAUAGUUCCUCAUUAUUUCACAAAGGUGGACUACCUGAAAGAGAAAAGGCUGCUUGAUGUCAGCAGAAUCUAAUCCCCUACAUUAAAGAUUUUCCUCCCAUUCUCUAGUUGUGGUGGUGGUAAGACGGAGAUAUUGGUACCAAGAAAAAUUACCAAAACUAUUGAGAGAGAGAGAGAAAGUAUUGCAAUUUUGUUCUGCCUUGCAGGAUCCACUUAUCAUUCAUUGGGAAAGGAUAUAUUCCUUGUUCUUACCACGUGUACAUUUAACUCUUGCUGACAUGUUCAGUGUAUUUUAUUACUUUUAAUACUGUCUUAAAAUGAACAUUCUUUAAAGUUGGAUGGGAAGGUGGCAUUUCUUAUUUCUUAACAUUUUUAACUUUAAACAUGUUGUGACUCAUCUAGACCUUUUAAUAAGAUGAUCAACUUCACACUUAGGGAAAAAAUUAAAAGGUGGGGGCCAUUUAUAAUAAUUAAGGUAGUUAUAAGGGAUCUGGAAGAAAUCUAGUCUUUAUGAAUAUACUAUUAGUUGGGCAUUAAAAAAUCAGUAUAUAUUUUAACUUUUUGUGACAUGCUAACACAUUUUCAGAAUAAUUAUUGCAUAGUAGAAUUUACUACUCCAGAACAGAAAGACCUUACUUCAUUUCAAAUGAAGUUAACUAAUUUACAUUUCUGGGUAAAAACUGGUUCUAUAAAUUAAGUAGAGUAGCUUCUUCAUGAUAAAGACACUUUUCUGAAAAGUGAACAAUUCUGUUAAAAGAACUUUAUUGAUACGUAGAUUUCGCACUUUAUUUCUGAGACUGCAUUCAUGUAGUUGUUCCCCAAUGUUUGAGUACUAAGAGAACUUGAGAAAGUUACUUCAUAAAUAUAUGGAAACUGAAAAUGGACUCUCUUUGUGACAAAGGUAUUCAACAGAAAAUAUUGACCCUGCAUUACAAAAUACAGGCUCGGGUUCCCUAAGUCCCACAGUGUAAUGAUUACGAAUAUCCUCGUGUCUGGUCUAGAAAGACUUUCUAGGGGAAGACUAGUAGAAUUUUCUAAAGGUUCAGUUUUAGCUUUUAUAACUUAAAUUUGGCCCUGUUACGUUCUUUUUAAUUUGAGCUGUAAGGUAUCUCCCCUCCCCUCAGGAAUAACUUACUGGAAAACUGAAAAGAAUCACUGAAUGGAAUGUUCAUUUUAUGGCAGUUGUUUUAAGUUUUAAAAUACACAGAGGAAAACGUUGUGGAAGGACCUCUUUGUUGCUUUCCCUUCUAAGUUUUCUUCUUCGUCUUCUUCUUCUUCUUUGGUCCUUAAGUGAAAUAAAGACUCUAAAACUAAUUUGUAUGUUAUCAGCCAGAGAUGCGGAUGGCAGUCGAGGCAAGUCACAUGGCUUUCAAAUCAGGUGUUCUGCACAUUCAUUCCAAGGUCAUAGAUUUUUUAAAGGACCUGGAUUUGAAGAGAUGGCAGAUGAUGAGCCAUCAGAAAACUUAAUUUGGAAAACGUGUGUAGCCAGUGUGGAUACUGUGGCCUCUCUCAAGACACAUUGACACUGUAGACUUCAUUCAGUGCAGGGUGAGUGUUUUGGAGUAGGUUGGAUGUAGAUUUUGUUUUUAUUGUUGAUUUGUACUGACAGAAAUAGACAUUUCAUCAUGUAAAAUUCCUGUUAUUCUGGAAAAACCUAUUGUUUUGAUCUUCUUGUUUUCUGAUUUGGAAGCAUCCUUUCAAAAAAACUCUUAAGGUAUCUAGGUCUAAAAAGCACUUCAUGAGAUGCUAAAGCUGACCCACUGGUUGAAAAUGUUGACCCUAUCCUGUUAUUUAAAUGUGAACAUUUAUUGUACAUUCAGUGAGUUAUAGUGUUAAUAGUCUUGUGCUAUGCAGCAGGUGUAAAAAUUAAUAAAUAUAUUUUUUAAUAAACA